ACGGUCACGUGACAUUUUAAAGAUGGCCGCCCUGUUGUUUUGAUGAAUAAUAGUUUGUGGGGCUGUACUCGCUUGUUUUUUAUCAUUAAAGGAAUUAGAUACUUUUAACAAUCCUGUUAUCUAUAUAGGACAACAGAGAACGUUUCCAUAGUAAUUUUCUUGAGACUAUGCACUUCUUUUAAUUUUAAGUGCCCCACAAAAAAGUUCAACAUUAAAAGAAAAGCGAUGGAAGAACUGAGUGCUGAUGAGAUUCGUCGAAGGCGCCUUGCACGACUUGCUGGUGGUCAGACAUCUCAACCUAGCACUCCGUUAACUUCCCCACAACGAGAAAAUCCACCAGGACCACCUACUGCUGCAUCUGUUCCAACAUCAUCACAGAGCCUAGGACUUAAUGUCCAGAGCAUGACCCCUGCUACCUCUCCCAUUGGGGCAUCAGGGGUAACGCAUCGAAGCCAGAGCAGUGAAGGCAUGAGUUCUCUUAGCAGUUCCCCUUCCAACAGCCUAGAAACGCAGUCGCAGAGCCUGUCGCGAUCGCAGAGCAUGGAUAUUGACAGUGUUUCAUGUGAGAAGAGCAGUAUGUCUCAGGUGGAUGUGGAUUCAGGAAUAGAAAACAUGGAAGUUGAAGAGACUGAUCGAAGAGAGAAAAGGAGUCUAAUGGAUAAGGAACUUCCACCAGGGAUAGAAAUGUCUGAAGAUCAAGCACUUCAGUUGAUUUGUAAGAUUUUCAGAGUAUCGUGGAAGGAUCGAGACAGAGACGUGGUAUUUUUGCCUUUCUUAUCUACUCAGUUCAAGCAGGGCUCAAAAGGAGUAUUUUCCGAUUUUAAAGAUUUAAUUAGCCAGAUUUUGAUGGAAGUUCUGAUGAUAUCCAGAGAAGAAAACCCAUUUGCUAGCUUGACAGCAACAUCUCGCCCCAUUGCUGCAGCUGCCCGAUCACCAGAUAGGAGUUUGGCACUCAACUCUGGAUCAAGCCAACGAGCAAGCCCAAUGUUUUGUAACACUAGUUCUUUUGGUGCAAGCUCCUUAUCAAGUCUGUAUGAUUGUAGUCCAACACAAGGCUUAUCAAGUCUGAAUCCGCUUUCUGCUCAGUCUCCAACUUCCCAGUCUAGUCCUCCCCGUAAUAGUCUGCCUGUACCGUCUGGCAUGCCUAGUCCUUCGACCACUGUGGCAAGUCCUUCAGGAUUGCAGCCAUCAUCUCCAAGAUUCCAACCAUAUUCUGUGGCGUCAUCUAGUGUGAGAUCGACUACAGCAAGUACCACCUCUCCAUCAUCUCCAUCUACUCAAACUAUGGCAACCAGCCCUCUAGCAGUCCCAACCAGCUCUUCCAGACAGCGUCCAUUGAUGAUAUUACCAAUUUCUCCUAGUACUCUGAAUAGGCAUCCAGCUCUCGUUAGCAGGAUCCCCUCUAGUUUUUACGACAACCCCUUCUCCUUCCUUCUGUACUCAUUUUCUGAUUUUACUGAGGACAGCAGUGAUGAGGAGAACAAAGAAGAUGAUUUGUCUGGUGUCCAGUUUGGGUCCAGCCUGCCUGCACCCAGUGGAGCUUUGGAUUCUGUUAGUGAUCGCUUUACCAUUGAAUCGUGUAAAGAGACAGAGAUGCUGAACUACCUCAUUGAAUGUUUUGACAGAGUUGGAAUAGAGGAGAGAAAAGCUCCAAAGAUGUGCAGUCAGCCUGCUGUGAGCCAGCUACUGAGUAAUAUCCGGUCCCAGUGUAUUUCCCAUGCUGCCUUGGUGCUUCAAGGAUCCUUAACUCAGCCGAGGUCAGCACUGCAGCAGUCUCUUCUGGUUCCGUAUAUGCUGUGCAGGAAUCUGCCAUAUGGAUUCAUUCAAGAACUGGCCAGAAUGACUCAUCAAGAUGAUGAAUCUUUCAAGCAGAUCUUUGUUCCCAUACUGCAGGGCUUGGCUCUCACUUCCAAAGAGUGCUCUUUUGACAGCGAUAAUUUCAAAUAUCCACUAGCGGCUUUAGCCGAAUUGUGUGAAAUCAAGUUUGGCAAGUCUCAUCCUAUGUGCAGUUUGAUUGUAUCACUGCCUCUGUGGUUGCCAGACCCAUUGAGUCAGGCCACAGGACGAGAGCUGCAAAAACUUUCAUACAUGGGCGCCUUCUUUAGUCUGUCUGUCUUUGCUGAAGAUGAUACUAAAGUUAUGGAAAAGUAUUUCUCAGGGCCUACAAUUCCAUUAGAAAACACCAGAGUUGUCAACCAGACUUUACAGCACUAUGUGGAAUCAGCAAGGCAAGAACUGUUUAAAAUUCUGCACAGUAUUUUACUAAAUGGUGAAACAAGGGAAUCUGCAUUAAGUUAUAUGGCAGCUGUUGUGAAUCGAAACAUGAAGAAAGCACAGUUGCAGUCAGAUGACCGGUUAGUGUCAGCAGAUGGAUUCAUGUUGAAUUUUUUGUGGGUGCUGCAGCAACUAAGCAUGAAGAUUAAGUUAGAGACGGUUGAUCCAAUAUACAUUUUCCAUCCUAAGUGCCGUAUUACUCUUCCUGUAGAUGAAGCAAGAAUAAAAGCAUCAUCAGAAGAGUUUAAGUCUUGGCUGACAGAUCUUGAAAGUGACCCAGCAUCUUUUUCAGAACCAAAGUUUCCUACUGAAUGUUUCUUCUUGACACUUCAUACACACCAUUUGUCUAUCUUGCCCAGUUGUCGACGGUAUAUACGUAGAUUACGCACAAUUAGAGACCUUAACAGGACAGUGGAGGACCUGAAAAAUAGUGAAAGUCAAUGGAAGGAUUCCCCUCUAGCAGCUCGACAUAGAGAAAUGCUAAAACGUUGUAAAACACAGCUCAAGAAAUUGGUGCGAAGUAAAGCCUGUGCUGAUGCCGGUUUACUUGAUGAGAACUUGUUAAGAAGGUGUUUGAAUUUUUAUAGCAUGGUGGUUCAGCUAUUAUUACGUUCCAUUGACUCGUCUUAUCCAAGUAUAACACUGCCCUUAAAUCCAGAUAUCCCUAAAGUAUUUGCAGCACUGCCUGAAUUUUAUGUAGAAGAUGUGGCUGAAUUUUUACUUUUUAUUGUACAGUAUGCGCCUCAGGUUCUGUAUGAACCCUGCACUCAGGAUAUUGCAACGUUCCUUAUUGUAAUGUUAUGUAAUCAGAAUUAUAUCCGAAAUCCAUACCUUAUUGCCAAACUUGUUGAGGUCAUGUUUGUAACAAACCCAUCAGUUCAACCUCGAACUCAGAAGUUUUUUGAAAUGAUGGAAAAUCAUCCACUUUCUGUAAAGCUGCUAGUCCCUGCACUAAUGAAGUUUUACACAGACGUUGAGCACACAGGAGCAACUAGUGAAUUUUAUGACAAGUUUACAAUUCGGUACCACAUCAGUGCAAUUUUUAAAAGCCUAUGGCAAAACAUCACUCACCAUGGCACAUUCGUGGAAGAAUUUAACUCUGGAAAGCAGUUUGUCCGCUACAUUAAUAUGUUGAUAAACGACACAACAUUCUUAUUAGAUGAAAGCCUUGAAUCGCUUAAACGUAUCCAUGAGAUACAGGAGGAGAUGAAGAGUAAGGAGCAUUGGGAAUCACUGCCUCGGGAACAGCAACAGAGCCGACAGUCACAGCUGACUCAGGAUGAGCGUGUCUCCCGAUCGUAUCUUGCACUUGCUACAGAAACAGUUGACAUGUUUCAUAUUCUUACCAAACAAGUUCAGAAACCAUUCCUCAGGCCAGAGCUAGGACCACGGUUAGCUGCCAUGCUCAACUUUAAUCUUCAGCAGUUAUGUGGUCCUAAGUGUCGUGAUCUGAAGGUGGAAAAUCCAGAAAAAUACGGUUUUGAGCCAAAGAAGCUGCUGGAUCAGCUGACUGAUAUUUAUCUUCAUUUAGAUUGUCCUCGUUUUGCUAAGGCUAUUGCAGAUGAUCAGAGAUCUUAUAGUAAAGAACUAUUUGAAGAAGUAAUUUCAAAAAUGAAGAAGGCAGGAAUCAAGUCUACAAUAGCAGUAGAAAAGUUUAAGCUGCUGGCUGAAAAAGUAGAAGAAAUUGUAGCAAAGAAUGCCCGUGCAGAAGUUGAUUAUAGUGAUGCACCUGAUGAAUUCAGAGACCCUUUGAUGGACACAAUCAUGAGUGACCCAGUCUUAUUACCUUCGGGGACAAUAAUGGACCGCUCCAUUAUUUUAAGACAUCUGCUGAAUUCUGCUACAGAUCCAUUCAACAGGCAAACACUCACUGAAAGUAUGCUGGAACCAGUGCCAGAUUUGAAAGAGAGAAUUCAAGCAUGGAUGAGAGAUAAGCAAAGUACAGGACAGUAACUACAGUGGAGCUUUGGUUUUGUUGGAGAAGUGAUGCAAGUUAGUCAUCAUGCACAUGCAAUGGGUGGCACAUGACUCCAGAAGAAACACUUUGGACUGGGGCUUCAUGGCCUCUAGCUUCAAAAGCAAUCCAGUGAAAAUUAGCUAUUAACCAGGGAAAGAACUUACAUUGUUGUACAUAUAUUUAAAUGCAGUGGUGAAAAAGAGGUGAUGAGAACAAACUGGACUGAGAAGCCUCUUUAUGUAAUCACAGUUUUGGAGUUCAGAGCCGAAGCCUGGUAGCAAAAUAAACUGGAUCAGAGCAGCAUAUUCAGAAAUUGCUUUUGAUCUGUUUUGCUGUAUUAUCACAGUGGGAUGUUACGUAAUUUCACUGGAGAAUAUCCUUUUUUUGUCUGUUUUUUUUUUUUGUUUUGUUUUUUUACCCUGGACAUUUGCUGCUAGUGUGACAGUUCCUUUUUGCUGCACUACUGUAUCCUUUUUUUAAACCAAAGUAUGCAAAAAGCCUCCAAGUUCCAGAACGCAAGGCGAUGCUUUAGCAUUGUAAUUCCUCUAACACAUUGUGUUGGACACAAGUGCCACAGAACUUAAUUUGGUUGUUGCCUGUAGCCUGGUGUUCCUUGCCAUGAAUUUAGAAAGGUGCAACAUCUUAGCAUUUAAUUUUAACGUGGAUUACUCCAGAAUGUUUUAAUUUAUCUAAUUCUAAUAUAAAUAGUUAUUCUAGAAGCACUGUGAUGAAAACACAGGAAUCAGAUUUGUAAAGGGAGUUUUGGAGUUUGGAUACAAGAAAUGAAAUUCUGCAGGUUAUUAAUAAGCUAACUUAAAAUUUUGAGUCAUGAUAAAUUUUGAAAGAAGGUGUAUAACGUACCUUUGGAAAUGAAAUUACCCAUUUACUUUUGUUUUUACUGGGAACACCAAUUUAUAUCUCUGGCAUGAUCUUAUCAAAGUUAGAAAGGGGACAUAUUGCCCUUUUUAUUUUAUAAUACUGACCCGUUAUUGGUACUUGAAUUUUCUUUACUUCUGAAAAUAAGCAUCAGAUUCAGAUUGUUUUAAGCUUGUUAAAUGGUUGUUUUUGCCAACUGUGUCCUCUUUUGGAACCCAGACUCUGAAUUAUAAUAAAUGGUAAUAUACGUUCAAA